AUGGCUGCAGCUGCUGUCCCUUCGUCCACAGGCCUGCUCAACCUGGAGAAAGAGCUUGUGUGCUUCAUAUGCACAGAAAUUCUCUACCAACCCCUGACUCUUCUCGACUGCUUACAUACCUUUUGCGGCUCUUGUCUGAAAGAAUGGUUCUCGCACCAACAUCGAAAGGCCCUACACUCCCAUUCCUCUUCCUCGGCAGCUGCGUAUACAUGCCCGACAUGUCGUGCGGUCGUCAAAGACGUUCAACACAAUGCUAUGAUAAAUACCUUGCUGGAAAUGUUUCUGGCUGCGAACCCGGAAAAAGAUAGGUCGCAGGAAGAGAAGGCGGAGAUGGCCCAGGCAUACAAACCGGGCGAUGAUAUACUUCCAAAGAUCGACGGCCAUAGACGUAGAGAGCGGCGAAGACGGGAGGAAGAGAACGUUUCGCACGAUCGAAGAGGCCAGGAUGACAGAAGUAGACGAGAACAACAAUUACACCCAUCCUCAGCUGAUACGAGACGUGGCCCUCGGUCUUCUAGUGGAAGCACCACGACCCGUGAGCGCAGACCAAGAUCUGACAGCUCGAGAAACUCAGAUCGCACAGGCAGGCAUCAACGUCAAUCAAGCGUAGAUGCUGUAGGCUCACGGGCCAGGUCGGGGGACAAUACCAGUACCGAAGAUGUGCCAUCCUCUUCACCAGCGCUCGGGUCGCCGCGUCAUCCAGAUGCAGUGGAAGCUCGCCAGCGAGGGGCACGCACUGUUGCUCACCAGGCCAGCUUGAUAUCAAUAGUCAGCGCCUCAGAAAGCGGGACUGGGACUGGCGAGAGCCUCAAUGAAGCACAGGUAAUGCAAGAGAUCUUGGCUGCAGGACUCUUGGAUGGUAUCAACAUCGAUGAUCUGACAGAGGCUGAACAAGACGAACUCAGCGAAAUGAUAGCGGAGAGAUAUCGUCAACUUCACCCAGAGAGAUUACGCCGAGCACCAUCAAACGGCGUCGCGUCUAAUGGACAGGGACCAACAUCGGGGCGCUCAGAAGAGCAGAGAGAGGAGGUCGGCCGCCGUCCGCGUGCGGUAUCGAGUAGCAGUCAGAGGCAGCAGACCCAUCCGAGUCCUCGAACGAGCCGCAGUGUGGUCAUCAGUAGCCCGGCUAUCCGACCACCGACGUCUUUUCCUCAAUCGACGACUGACCCGGUCUUGCCAACAUUUCAGGAUAGAGCCCAUCGCCGCAGAGCUUCGAAUGAAAGCGGCAGAAGCGAACAAUCAGCCACAAGGACUGGCAGGAGAUCCGCCACGGAUUUGGCUGAAAGGCCACAGUCGAGCUCCACCGCCUUGGAACGUCCUCGGCAACUAGCUAAUACGAACAGAGCAAACACCGAACCGAGAACUCAUCCAAGGGCUUCCGAGAUGUGGCAAGCUACUGGCCGACAAGUAGCUAGCCCUCCUCAAACUGGCUCGCCAGCAUCGCAGUCUCCUAGGAUAGUGAUGUCAAGUGUGAACACUGGACCAGUUCCGACCACAAUUCCAAGCUCUGAGCCCUCUAUCCCAGCGAUUCCUGCGACUGCAACGUCGACUGGACAUACAGAACCUUCGGUCACAUGUGCACGAUGCUCACGGCGUAGGAUUCAAUAUGAGGUCCAUAAACAUUGCUCUUCGUGCAACCUAGAUCUGUGCAUGAGCUGUUACAGAAUUGGUCGAGGUUGCAAUCACUGGUUCGGGUUUGGGCAUGCUGCGAUGUUCAAGUUCGAUUCAUCACAUCCUGCGAGACCUGGACAGGCUAUUGAACUGCCCCAUUUACUUAUUGGCCGACAAUACCAGAGACCCUCUGUCUUCCAGGAGCUGUCCUUGCGGAAUUCUACACAGACAUCCCUGGAUACAAGCUCACCAAACUCGCGUCUAUUAGAGGGUAACUUCUGCGAUCGAUGUGGCGCAUUUGCCAAUGAAUGUUUUUGGUCAUGCGACUACUGCAAUGAUGGCGAAUGGGGUUUCUGCAACGAUUGCGUAAACACAAACCAUUGCUGCAGUCACCCGCUGUUGCCUGUGGCGCAUAAGUCAACAGUUCCAAACGUUGCUCCUCGACUUAAUCCAUCGACACAGCCUGGCGCCCCGACGCUCAGCCCUUUUAGUGCUGUAGGAGGGGCGCCGUCGCCAGCACACAGCGCUCCUUCAAGUGCUACUUCAACGACUGGCUUCGGUGCUGAUGUUCGCCUUGAUUUUGUCCCUCUGGUAAUCACAACGAAUUGUGAUAUUUGCUUACGACCUAUUCCGCCAGAUGACCUUCGCUAUCAUUGUCCAGAGCAUGUCACACCUUCUCCAGAGAAUUCUGAUCAGAAAGGCGACUAUGAUCUAUGCCAAUCUUGUUAUCUCAGCUUUGUCAAGUCGGGACGAAUCAAACAUGAAGACGGCCCGGAUGGAUGGCGCCUUUGCCCUGAGGGUCAUCGCAUGAUAGCUGUGGUCUUCGAGAUGGAUGCGGACGGAGGCCAGCGAAGAAUUAUCAGGUCUGAUGUCGUCGGCGGCACCAAGAUGACCGGAGCGGACAUGGCGGCGUGGAAACUUGCGAGAGCUAAUCUCCACGAGACACCCUCUGCAGAUCUUGCAGUAAACAGCAGCACUACCCGCGGAAAAUGGACUUGGCGUGAGGAUACCACUAGCACAAGACGUGCAACUCGGGCAAGAACUGCCAGAUUGUCAGCUCCUGCCGAUUUUCCUCCGAAUGGAGGUAUCGGCAAGAUUUGUCGGGCGCUCUGGAGUUACUAUCCAGAAGAAGGCGAGGAAGGGAAGGGUGAAUUGAUGUUCCCAAGGCAUGCGGAGGUAAGUGAGAUUGAGGAGGUUAAUGAGGAUUGGUGGUUCGGGGUAUAUGCUGGAGACAUGGGCUAUUGUCCUGCUGCGUAUUUGAGGGAUAUAGCAUCGGGCUGA